GCGCCCACGACCCCAUCAUUCGGUGCUUUGCACCACCCACCACUUUCUUUCUCAUCCUAUCAUGUCCUCUCCUCCCGAAACGUGGGAUAAUGAGGACGUCUCGCAAACCGAUCCUUUCGUUCCUGUCUUCACUUCACACUCCCGCUCCCGUUCUUUGCAACAAUCUAGUGAUCUACUAGGCUCUCCGCUAACCGGAGAACAUGCGCCGCUCCUCAAUCGACCAUCUCGCGUCAAGAAGCCGUUCUACAGGCCACGGCCGCUGUGGCUCGUGCCAUUCGCAGUCAUCUCCGCCCUCGUCCGCGGGAUGACCCUUGCGCCUCGCAUCGAAGUGUUUACUCAACUGUCAUGCAGUCGGUUACAUCAUAGCUACAACCACACGCGCGCCAUCGAUCCUCCUCCGCCGUUCGUACCCCCGCGCGGGCCUCUCUAUUUCUCGGGGGACCCGCUAGGACCUCAGCUCGUUCCCAGCGACAAUGCUCCAAUCCUAGCAUUUGUUGGGGAGCCGACGAAUAACGAGCCGUGGGACGACACGGACACGGGUGGGGACGAUGUACGGCGGCUGCCCUCUGCGAGAUGCAUGGCCGACCCCGCGGUCCAAGCGGGUGCUGCGCGGCUGCAGACUAUCUUCACCACGACGAUGGGCUUGCUCAGCGCGUUCACCACGAGCUGGUGGGGUCAUUUCGGGGAACGGCAUGGACGGACGAGAGUUCUCGCUUUCACCACGAUUGGGCUCUUAAUGACGGACCUCAUCUUCAUAUUAUCAUCUACGCCGUCUUCACCCUUCUCCUCCCAUGGUCACAAACUCCUACUGGUCGCGCCCAUCAUCGAGGGACUGCUCGGCAGUGCUUCAACUCUUCAAUCCUCAACUUCAGCCUAUAUUUCGGACUGCACAUCGAGUGGUAGUCGGGCCUCAGUGUUCUCUCGGUUCACGGGUGUGUCAUUCCUCGGAUUCGGACUUGGACCCAUCAUCGGUGGAUAUCUCAUCCGCAAUCCUAUAUCGUUCUUGGAUGGUCCACCCCACCCCGGGCAGGUCAACACGCCCUCCGUGACCUCUGUGUUCUGGGUCGCGAUCGCCCUUCAAUUCAUCAACUUGUGUCUUGUUGCGCUGGUAUUCCCCGAGUCGGUGUCCAAGGAACAACGCGCCCUUGCUGCUGGCAAUCACAAGGGCAAGGGCAAGGCUAGAGAUAAUUCGACUAGAUUAGCCGAUGUCGCCGAGGAAACAGAGGUCGAGUCCGGAUUCUUGACAAGGCUUCUGUCUCCUUUGGCCGUUUUCAUGCCGGUGUCGAUUACUAUUCCUGGGACGACGCGGAAGAGAACUGACUGGAGCCUGACGUUUGUUGCCUGUGCGAUGUUUGGAUAUAUGCUUUCCACUGGACUGUAUCAAAUCAAGUAUCUAUAUGCCGGCCAUGUGUAUGGCUGGGGUGCCGAGCCGCUCAGCUACUAUAUAUCACUGUUGGGAACCACGCGUGCCGGUUUCCUGUUGUUUGUAUUUCCCCUGAUCAUCUCUACUUUCAAACCCAAGUCCGACGCUCCCAAGGACAAGGCGAUGUCCAAAGCCGAGAGACCUAAGCCGACCAAGGGGCAACUUGCCAAAGAAAUCCGAUUCGACAUGGGGCUCAGCCGGCUCUCGUUGAUCACCGAUAUCCUAGCCAACACAGCGAUAUUGGUUUCUCCGGCUCCGACCUACAAGAUGCAUUCGAAUCUCAUGAACGAUCUGGUGCCGCCGUCCACGGGCAACUCGGAGUUCCAGAAGUCGCAAGCGUUGUUUGUUUUUGCUAGCUGGGUGCAGUGCAUGGGCGCGGGUAUUGUUCCUGCCAUCCAGAGUCUUGCCUUGUGCAUCGUACAAGCUCGCUCGUUGCUUGCCUCCGAAUCUGGCCAACUGCAAACGAAAGAUGCUGGUGCCGGUGCAUUGUUCGGUGCACUGGCUGUUUUGCAAGCUAGUGGGCAGAUGGUUCUUGGGCCUCUUCUGUUUGGCCUGGUAUAUAGCGGCACUGUUUCAGCGUUCCCAAAGACGGUGUUCGUACUCUCGAUCGGCAUCCUCAUCACAUCGUUCAUCGCCAUUCUUCUUGUGCGAAAUCCGCUGUCCAAUGCCAAUGGCAAAGGAGCUAUGCGCAAACGUCGACGGAUCAGUGCUAGUCAAGAGCAAGAGGAGUCUACUCGUGGCAGAUCUCGAGUCAGCAAGGAUCUCGGCUAUGGCAGCACCAUGCAGCGACCGCCAGCGCUGGGGGAGCCAUCCUCCAGCGGACGGCUGGGGUCGAAUCCCAAGAUCGAUCCGAACCAACUCUCUCCGGGUUCCCUUGUCAUCAUGAACAGCGCCGAUCCUUCUGCUGAGCCCUUCAUCACGACGAGAGAAGCGUUCCUAAACGCGAUCCCGGACAGCGGUCCGCUAGUUCGGCCCUGUGGGAACUGCCAGAACGUACCGCCCAAAGGCAAAGAGUUCUCGAAAUGCGCAAAAUGCGGGGGCACAUACUACUGCAGCCGCGAAUGCCAAAUCGCCCACUGGAAGGAACAUAAAGCGACAUGCAAGCAUCGUGUAGGAAUGAAUGCGAAGUUUGCGCAGGCCAAGGAGGCCGCGCUGGCAGCGGGGGAGAAGUACUUUCAUCCCGCUACGUUACAGUCGUGGUAUCGCAUCAACCACGCUGCCAUCGAGUACGCUGGAUUCUAUGCGUUGGAACACCACAAGGGCUUCGUGCAGUCUCUGAUCCGGACGCACGUCGCGCUGUUCCUGGUACGUGUGGACGAAAACGCAACCGAAGACCCGAGGGCCGUCCGCCUGGAAAAGGUCGUCCCGAUCCUGCUGACGGAGCUGGCUGCGAUGCUGCGGAUGACCGAGUCGAAUCUCGCGCAGUGCAAGAGGGCUGCGCGCAUGGGCCAGAUGGCUCUGUUCUUCAUGGACAUGAAAGCCAAUCUGCAAGUGCUCGAGUUCCACGAGCCGCCUUCACCCGAGCCGUAUCUCAAUGGGACGAAACCACUCGACCCAUUCUGGGAAAUCCAUGUCAUGCUCAAGGUCAAUGGGGGCCUGCCAGCCGAGGAAGAGGAGAAAACGGAGACAGAUGCUACGGCGGAAAUGCCUGCGGUGGAGGCGCAGUUAGAGCCGGAAAAACCGGCGGAAACAGACCCUGCAAGUAAAUGAAAUGUAUUUUAUCGCGUUCUGUCACGGCUGUUAUCCGUCGCGCGUCGUCACGGAUCACGUGUCGUGAACACUGCGGGAGAACGCCCGUCUCGAAUUGGGGUCCAGACUCCCAUGUCAUGAUUCCAAAGAAGAACAAUAUUCCCUCAUCCAGAAAGCAAACAUAAGAGGUCUGCGGAUCCGAAGCUCCUUAAGUGGGACCCGUCGAUCAAAAGAAGCGUUGAACAUAUCCGCUCGUGGAGGCGCCUGUUUUGUUAUCUACGUCGAAUGCUUAUCAAGACCUCCCUUGGGAGUAUCUUCCAUCCUCUCCCCAGCCUCCACUUCUACUUUCGAAGAUGUCACAAUGGCUGAACAGGUCGACGUGGGCCCUUGAGCCCGAAGCGUCGACGUUUGCGCCGAAUUCGCGGUGGAGCAAUAAGGACAUGGAUCCCGUGCCAGAGAAGUUGAGGACCUGGACGACUUGGAAUUAUGUGGCUUAUUGGAUUUCGGAUGCAACGAAUACUGUGCGUGUGAAUGGCUUUGAUUGACCUCUCGAUAUUCAGCAGGACGUACACAGGCUUCAUGGGAACUAGCGAGCUCGAUGAUUGCGGUCGGGCUUUCAUGGCGACAAGCACUACCUGCUAUUGCAGUCGGUCACACCAUUAUCGCAGUAGCCAUGGUCCUAAACGGGACCGCGGGCGCGCGGCUGCAUAUACCGUUCCCGGUGCUAACGCGAUCCUCGUUCGGAUUUUGGCUCAGCUACUUUGCGGUGAUCUCACGGGUGGUUCUUUCAAUGUUCUGGUUCGCAAUCCAGACGUAUACGGGAUCCGAAUGUGUUUAUCAAAUGCUGAAAGCAAUUUGGCCCUCUGUUGCCCACAUCCCCAAUCAUCUUCCGGCGUCUUCAGGGAUAACCACGGUUGGAAUGAUGUGCUAUUUCCUGUACUGGCUGGGGCAAUUCCCGUUCUUACUCAUCUCGCCGCAGCGGAUUCGGUACCUAUUCGUUCUCAAGGCAGCGAUUGUGCCCGUGACAUGGCUGGCGAUGCUGAUCUGGGCACUGCACAAGGUCCCACCGAGGCUCAGUCUCCAGCCGCAGCAUGAGACGCUUACGGGCAGUGCGGCGAGCUGGGCCUGGUUGAGCUCGCUGAACAGUGCACUGGGCAUCUACGCGACUCUAGCAGUCAACAUCCCUGACUUCACGAGAUACGCUAAAAACGAGCGGGCCCAGUACGUGCAGCUUGCUAUUAUUCCGGUGGCGUUCACUCUGGCUGGGUUCUGCGGCAUGGCUGUGGCGUCGGCCAGCGAGCAUCUCUAUGGGAUGAUCAUCUGGGACCCACUUCAACUGAUUGACCGCUGGGACAACCGCGCCGCUGCCUUCUUCGCUGCGUUCAGUUUCUCGCUUGCCACGCUGGGGACCAACAUAUCUGCCAACUCGCUCUCGGCUGCUAAUGACAUGACCGUCCUCUUUCCCCGGUACAUUAACAUCCGGCGGGGUCAGAUCAUCUGUGCCAUCGUUGGAGGUUGGGUUCUGUGCCCAUGGGAGAUUCUCAACAGCGCUCCUGGAUUCCUCACCUUCAUGUCUGGCUACACGGUCUUCCUGGGGCCUUUCACGGGGAUUAUGAUCGCAGAUUAUUGGCUGAUUCACCGCGGCAAAGUGGAUGUGCCCGCGAUGUAUGAUCCUAAAGGAAGGUACAAGUACUGGAAUGGGAUCAACUGGAGAGCACUCGUUGCCUUACUCUUGUCCGUCACACCCGGUCUGCCCGGCCUGGCACAGAGCAUCAAUCCUAAGAUCAAU